AUGGCAUUCGGUGGCCCUCGUGGUGGACGUGGCGGUGGCCGUGGUGCUCCUCGUGGAGGUGGUGGUGGCCGUGGUGGUAGAGGCGGUCUUGGUGCCGGUGGUCGUGGCCGUGGCGGUGGUGGCCGUGGUGCUCCCCGCGGUGGUCGUGGUGCCCCCCGUGGCCGUGGUGGUCCUCGCGGCGGUGGUCGCGGCGGUGCUAAGGGUGCUAAGGGUGGUGCUAAGGUCAUCAUUGAACCCCACCGUCACGCUGGUGUCUUCGUCGCCCGUGGUGGCAAGGAAGAUUUGCUCGUCACCAAGAACCUUACUCCCGGAGAGGCCGUCUACGGUGAGAAGCGCAUUUCUGUCGAGUCCCCCGCUGAGGAGGAUGGCACUGUCACCAAGACCGAAUACCGUGUCUGGAACCCCUUCCGUUCCAAGUUGGCUGCCGGUAUCCUGGGUGGUCUGGAUGACAUCUACAUGCGCCCUGGCUCCAAGGUCCUGUAUCUCGGUUCCGCCAGCGGUACCUCCGUCAGUCACGUUGCCGAUAUCGUCGGACCUACUGGUAACGUCUACGCCGUUGAGUUCUCCCACCGUUCCGGUCGUGACUUGAUCGGCAUGGCUACCCACCGCACCAACGUUAUCCCCAUUGUCGAGGACGCCAGACACCCUCUCCGCUACCGCAUGCUCGUCCCCAUGGUCGAUGUCAUCUUUGCCGAUGUUGCCCAGCCCGACCAGGCCCGUAUUGUCGGCCUGAACGCCCACAUGUUCCUCAAGGAGGGCGGUGGUGUCAUUGUCUCCGUCAAGGCCAACUGUAUCGACAGUACCGCCAAGCCCGAGGUUGUGUUCGCUCGUGAAGUCCAGAAGAUGAGAGAGGAGAGGAUCAAGCCCAGGGAACAGCUGACCCUGGAGCCUUUCGAACGUGACCACUGUAUAGUGUCUGGUAUCUACAAGCGCUCUGCAUGA